UCAGUCAGCCCGGGAAGGUGAGGCGUGCGGAGGCUGCUGCGGAACUUGGCGCCUCCCGCAGCGCCGGCCCGCGGAGUCCCGGAGCCCAGACAAAAGAGGCGGCGGGCGCAGGAAGGCGCGGGCGGCGGCGGCGCGGGGCGAUGGCCGCGCGAGGAGGCCGGGCGCUGCUGGCGCUGUGCGCGGCACUGGCCGCCUGCGGGUGGCUGCUGGGCGCUGGAGCCCAGGAGCCCGGGGCGCCCGCGGCAGGCAUGAGGCGGCGCCGGCGGCUGCAGCAGGAGGAUGGCAUCUCCUUCGAGUACCACCGUUACCCUGAGCUGCGCGAGGCGCUGGUGUCCGUGUGGCUGCAGUGCACCGCCAUCAGCAGGAUCUACACGGUGGGGCGCAGCUUCGAGGGCCGGGAGCUCCUGGUCAUCGAGCUGUCCGACAACCCCGGUGUCCAUGAGCCUGGUGAGCCUGAAUUUAAAUACAUUGGGAAUAUGCACGGUAAUGAGGCUGUUGGACGGGAACUACUCAUUUUCCUGGCCCAAUACUUGUGCAACGAAUACCAAAAGGGCAACGAGACAAUCGUUAAGCUGAUCCACAACACUCGAAUCCACAUCAUGCCUUCCCUCAACCCGGACGGCUUUGAGAAGGCUGCGUCUCAGCCUGGUGAGCUCAAGGACUGGUUUGUGGGUCGAAGCAAUGCCCAGGGAAUAGAUUUGAACCGGAACUUUCCAGACCUGGAUAGGAUAGUUUAUGUUAAUGAGAAAGAAGGUGGUCCAAAUAAUCAUUUGCUGAAAAAUCUGAAGAAGAUUGUGGAUCAAAACACAAAGCUUGCUCCUGAGACUAAGGCAGUCAUUCAUUGGAUUAUGGAUAUUCCUUUCGUGCUCUCUGCCAAUCUCCAUGGAGGAGACCUUGUGGCCAAUUACCCCUAUGAUGAGACGCGGAGUGGUAGUGCUCAUGAAUAUAGCUCCUGCCCAGAUGAUACCAUUUUCCAAAGCUUGGCUCGGGCGUACUCCUCUUUUAACCCACCCAUGUCUGACCCCAAUCGACCACCCUGUCGCAAGAAUGAUGACGACAGCAGCUUUGUAGAUGGAACAACCAAUGGUGCUGCUUGGUACAGUGUACCUGGCGGAAUGCAAGACUUCAAUUAUCUCAGCAGCAACUGUUUCGAGAUCACCGUGGAGCUUAGCUGUGAAAAGUUUCCACCUGAAGAGACUCUGAAGAGCUACUGGGAGGAUAACAAAAACUCCCUUAUUAGCUACCUCGAGCAGAUACACCGAGGAGUUAAAGGCUUUGUCCGAGACCUUCAAGGGAACCCGAUUGCCAAUGCAACCAUCUCUGUGGAAGGAAUAGACCAUGAUGUUACAUCUGCAAAGGAUGGUGAUUACUGGAGAUUGCUUGCGCCUGGAAACUAUAAACUCACAGCCUCCGCUCCGGGCUAUCUGGCAAUAACAAAGAAAGUAGCAGUUCCUUAUAGCCCUGCUGUUGGGGUUGAUUUUGAACUGGAGUCAUUUUCUGAAAGGAAAGAAGAGGAAAAGGAAGAAUUGAUGGAAUGGUGGAAAAUGAUGUCAGAAACUUUAAAUUUUUAAAAAAAGCUUCUAAUUAGCUGCUUUUAAUCAUCUAUACAAUAUAGUAUGAUGUAACGUGGCCAUUUUCCUUUAGAUUUUGUGCAAUAUUUAACACUGAUUUAUUUUGUAAUCAUUUAAGUAUCAAUAGACACUACUUAAAAUAAAUAACUAGACUUUUAGGUAAAAAUAUAAGAACUUGGUCUGUUUCUUCUCAUAUAACAUUCAUUUUCCUACACAUAUUACAUGGAGGACUGUAGAAAAGGUAUAAGUGAUCUUGCCAUUUUAGACUUAAAUGCAAUAUUCCACGUUAUUUAUGAUACAGAAACUUUUUGAGUGAUUCUAGCCUUUAAAAAUUAAUGAAGUGCUUUUAAUGUAAUUGGUGACAAUGCCACAUGGUGAAUGCACUGAAAAGGUCAACAGCUACAGCGUGGAAUUGUGAGCACUAUACUGCAAGACUUCAAUAGUUCAGUAUAAAUUGUCAUUUGUCUUGUGCUGAAUAGCUAUAUAAGCAUGAUCAUGUUAAUGCAUUUUUUUGGAUGGGAAGGAAAUGUAAAUGUUUAGAAAGAGGUUUUAUGAUGGGAAUGGAAAUCGACUUCUUGCUUGUACAUAUGGGGGCUCUACUGUUAUAUUAUUCAGCCUGUUAACGCCACUUAAAAGUUUAAGGGUUUUCUCUUGGUUGUAGAUUGGUCUAGAAUUGCAUUCUGAACGAAUAAAGGUAAAAAAAUAUA